AUGGACGACUGUUACGAUGUCGUUGCUUUUCACGAGACUAGAAAGGGAAAGGAAUGGAAUAAAGUGAACGUUGAUUCUUGUGAUGCUCCUUUCCAAGAAAGGGCUGUGGUUGUAGACAAGUCUAUCUAUGUCAUAAGUAUGCCUCAGGAGGAGGAGAUUGUAGCAUUCUCCUUUGAGAUGGUUGAAAGUGAUGGCGGUGAUAUUGAAUACUCACUAAUAAAACAGUUUGUAUUGUGUGGCAUGCAGAUUGAACAGCCGCCAUUUGCAUUUUGUCGCGUAAAGAAACAGUUUUUGAUUCAUUUAGGGAACCAGGACUUUUUUCAUGUCAAGAUUGGCCCUUGCGAUUCAAAUGGCCAGGUACAAUAUGUAUGUAUCACUAUGUUUCAAAUUGUUGUUGGAGGAGGGGGACAUAUGAUAAAGACCUUACAUUCAACUGUUUUUCCGCUGGACAUGGAGGGUUGUCGUUGGUUUGAGCUUAUAAACUGCUUCACGCCGUAA